AUGGACAGCCACGCGGCAGAGCCAGGAUGCAAUUUUGAGGAGGUUAUGAGCAUGUUGUUCACCGACGCAGGAACUCAGGAGGUUAACGGUAAGGAGCUCUAUAUGAGGUCUAUAUGAGGUCCCUAUGUCAGGUUAUAGAAUUCUAAUGGCAGGUUAUUGACAGGUCAGGAGCAUGUUGAUCACUGAAGCUGGAGCUCAGAGGAUAACAGUGAGCAGCUCUAUCCUAAUCAUAACCUUGUACAGCUCUCUAUUAAGUCUAUAUGAUAGUUUAUAACAGUCUAAUGACAGGUUAUGACAGUCUAUAUGAUAGUUCAUAACAGUCUAAUGACAGGUUAUGACAGUCUAUAUGAUAGUUUAUAACAGUCUAUAUGAUAGUUUAUAACAGUGUAAUGACAGGUUACAACAGUGUAAUGACAGGUUACAACAGAGAUUGUGAUGGAUGGAGGGAGACGUGUUUUGAAAUCUGAUAAACUGACAGACAGGUGUAAUAUAAUGAUGAUCCAUGUUUGGCAUUAGAAUUUUCCCUCUCUCUCUCUUUCUCUGUCUAUCUCUCUCCCUCUCCCCUCUCUCCUCCCCUCCCUCCCAUCUCUUUCCCCCCUCCCUCCAAUCUUCCCUCCCCCCUUCUUUAUUUUACCCAUAAGGGGGAGGAAAGGGUAAUGGGGGGAGGGAAGGGGUUGGAGGGGGGAGAAUAUUGGGGAGGGAGUAAGUGAAGGGGAUUAUUGGGGGGGGGGGAUAUAGGGGGGAAGGAGGGAUAUGGGGGGGAGGGAGGGGGAAUUAUGGGGGGAAGGGGGGGAUAUAGGGUGGGGGGAGGGGGGGGGGAUUUUUGGGGGGGGAGGGGGGGAGGGAUAGGCGGGGGGAGGGGUUGGGUAUAGGGGGAGGGGGGGGAUUAGGGGGAGGGAAUUUGGGGGGGGGAUAUGGCGGAGGGAGGAUGGGGUACAUGGGGAAGGAGGGAGGGAGGGAUACAGGGCGAAGGAGGGAGGGAUAUAGGGCGAGGGAGGGAGGGGGAAAAGGGCGAAAGGGGGGAGGGGAUUUUAGGGGGCGGGGGGAGCGAGGGAUUUAAAAGGGGGGAGGGAGCGAGGGAUACAGGGCGAGGGGGGAGGGAAUAGGGGAAAAGGGGGGAAAGGGGUAAGGGGGGGGAGGGGGGGGGAUAUGGGCGAGGGGGGGGGGAUAAAAGGGCAAGGGGGGGGAGUGAUUUCAGGGGCGAAGGAGGGAGGGAUAUAGGGCGAAGGAAAAGGGGGGGAUAUAGGGCGGGGGGGGAGGGGUACAGGGCGAGGGGGGAAAGGGGUACAGGGGGAGGGAGGGAGGGUACAGGGGGAAGGAGGGGGGGGGGGGAAAGGGCGAAGGUGGGGGGGGAUAUGGGCGAAAAGGGGGGAGGGAUAAAAGCGAGGGGGGGAAGGAUAGGGCGAAAGGGGGGGGAGGGAUAUUUGGGGGGAGGGAGGGAGGGGAAAACAGGGCGGGGGGGAGGGAUCAGGGGGAGGGAGGGAGGGAUAAGGGCGAAGGAGGGAGGGAUAUAGGGCGGGGAAGGGGGAGGGAUACAGGGCGAGGGAGGGAGGGAAAGGGGAGGAAGGGAGGGAUACAGGGCGAGGAGGGAGGGAUAUAGGGGAAGGAGGGAGGGUAUAGGAGGAGGGAAGGGGAUAUAGGGCGAGGGAGGGGGGAUUAGGGCGAGGGGGAGGGGAUAAGGGCGAGGGAGGAGGGUAAUUUGGGGAGGGGGGGGAGGGAUAUAGGGCGAGGGGGAGGAGGGGGGGGGAGGGAUAUAGGGCGAGGGGAGGGGGGGGGGAAUCAGGGCGAAGGAGGGGGGGUAUAGGGCGAGGGGGGAGGGAUAGGGUGAGGGAGGGAGGGGAUAUAGGCGAGGGAGGGAGGGAUACAGGGGAGGGAGGGAGGGAUACAGGGUGAGGGAGGGAGGGAGGGAGGUACAGGGAGGGAGGGGGAGGGAGGGAUACCGGGCGAGGGAGGGGGGGAGGGAAAGGGGGGGAAAGGGGAGGGGGGGAGAAAUAGGGCGAGGGAGGGAGGUUUUAGGGCCAGGAGGGAGGGAUUAGGGCGAGGGAGGGAGGGAUAUAUGGCGAGGGAGGGAGGGAUACAGGGCUAAGGGGGGGAGGGAUUACAGGGGGAAGGGGAGGGAGGGAUACAGGGCGAAGAGGGGGGAUAUAGGGCGAGGGAGGGAGGGAUUAGGGCGAGGGAGGGGGAGGGGAGGGAGGGAUACAGGGCGAAGGAGGGAGGGAUUUCAGGGUGAGGGAGGGAGGGAUAUAGGGCGAGGGAGGGAGGGAUAUAGGGCGAGGGAGGGAGGGAUAUGGGCGGGGGGGGAGGGGGGGGAAAACAGGGCGAGGGGGGGGGGGGGAUCAGGGCGAGGGGGGAGGGAUAAAAGGGCGAGGGGGGAGGGUUUCAGGGGGUAAGGAGGGGGGAUAUAAGGCGAAGGGGGAGGGAUAUAGGGUGAGGAGGGAGGGUACAGGGCGAGGAGGAGGGAUCCCGGCGAGGGGGGAGGGGGAAUAGGGCGAAGGAGGGAGGGAUAUAGGGCGAAGGAGGGAGCGGGAUAUAGGGCGAGGGAGGGAGGGAUAUAGGGCGAAGGAGGGAGGGAUAUAGGGCGAGGGAGGGAGGGAUACAGGGCGAGGGGAGUGAGGAUAAGGCGUUGGGAGGGAGGGAUACAGGGGGGGAGGGAAUGGGGGGGGAUAAGGGGCGAAAGGGGGGGAGGGAGGGAUACAUGGCGAAGGAGGGGAGGGAUAUAGGGUGAGGGAGGGAGGGGUAUGGGGAGGGAGGGGGGGAUACAGGGCGAGGGAGGGAGGGAUAUAGGGCGAGGGAGGGAGGGAUACAGGGCGAGGGAGGGAGGGAUACAGGGCGAGGGAGGGAAGGGGGUACAGGGGGCGGGGAGUGAGGGAUACAGGGGAAGGAGGGAGGGAUAUAGGGCGAAAGGGGGGGGGGAUACAGGGCGAGGGAGGGAGGGAAAACAGGGCGAGGGAGGGGGGGAGGGAUACAGGGCGAAGGUCGGAGGGAUAUAGGGCGAAGGAGGGGAGGGGGGUUAGGGUUCAGGGAGGGGGGAGGGAUACAGGGGGGGGAGGGGAAGGGAGGGAUAGGGCGAGGGGGGGGAGGGAUCAGGGGCAAGGGGGGGAGGGAUUAGGGGAGGGAGGGGGGGGAUAAGGGCGAGGGAGGGGGGGAUACAGGGCUGGAGGGAGGGAAGGGAGGAUAGGGUAGGCGGAGGGGAGGGAGGGAGGGAUACAGGGCGGGGGAAAGGGGUUUGGGAGGAGGGAGGGAUACAGGGCGAGGGAGGGAGGGUAAGGGCAAAGGAGGGAGGGAUAUAGGGGAGAGGGAGGGAAAAGGGAGAGGGAAAAAGGGCGGAGGGAGGGGGGAUACAGGCGAAGGGGGGGAGGGAUACAGGGCGAGGGAGGGAGGGAUACAGGGCGAAGGGAUUGGGCGAGGAGGGGGGAUAUGGGAGGGAGGGAUAAGUGGCGAAGGAGGGAGGGAUUAUUAGGGGGAAAGGGGGGGGAGGGAAUAGGGGAGGGAGGAUAGGGAGGGAGGGAUUACAGGGCGAGGAGGGAGGGGGAUACAUGCGAGGGAGGGAGGGAUAAAAGGGGAAAGGUUGAGGAGGGAUAUAGGGCGAAGGGGGAGGGAUAAGGGCGAGGGAGGGAGGGGUAUAGGGCAAGGAGGGAGGGUAUAGGGAGGGGGGAGGGAGGGAUAAGGGCGAGGGAGGGGAGGGGGAAAAGGGCGGGGGGAGGAGGGAAGGAGGAAUACAGGGCGACGGGGGGGGAGGGUACAGGGCGGGGGGGAUGGGGGAGGGGGGGAUACAGGGCGAGGAGGGAGGGAUAUAGGGGAGAGGGAGGGAAAGGGAGGGGGAAAGGGGGGAGGGAGCGGCGGGAGGGAGGGUAUGGGAAGGGGGAGGGUAGGGAGGGAGGGAUACAGGGCGGGGAGGGAGGGAAGGGCAAAGGGGGGAGGGGAAGGGCGAGGGAGGGGGGGGAAAAUAGGCGAGGGGGGGAGGGAUACAGGGGAGGGAGGGAGUGAUUAAAGGGGGAGGAGGGAGGGUACAGGGGAAGGAGGGAGGGAUACAGGGCGAAGGGGGGGAGGAUAUAGGGCAAGGAGGGAGGGAUAUAGGGCGAGGAGGGGGGGAGGGAAGGGGGAGGAGGGAUUACAGGGGAGGGAGGGCAGGCCGGAGGGAGGGGAACAGGGGAGGGAGGGGAGGGGGUAAGGCGAAGGAGGGGGAAGGGGAAGGAGGGGGAUAAGGGCGGGGGGAGGGAAAGGGAACAGGGCGAGGGAGGGAAGGGGUACAGGGCGAGGGAGGGGGGAUAACGGCGAAGGAGGGAGGGAUUAGGGGGGGAGGGAAUAAGGGCGAAGGAGGGCGGGAUAUAGGGCGAAGGAGGGAGGGAUAUAGGGCGAAGGGGAGGGAUAUAGGGCGAAGGAGGGAGGGAUAUAGGGCGAGGGAGGGAGGGAUAUAGGGCGAAGGAGGGAAAAGGGGAUAGGGGAAGGGAGGGAGGGAGGGAUACAGGGCGAGGGGGGAGGGGGGGGAUAAGGCAAGGAGGGGGGAUAGGGAAGGGGUUGGGGAGGGGGAGGGAUAAGGGCGAGGGGGGGAGGGAUAAGGGGGAGGGAGGGAGGGGGGAACAGGGGGAGGGAGGGGGGGGAUAAGGGGAAGGGAGGAGGGGGGGUAUAGGGCGAGGAGGGAGGGAUACAGGGCGAGGGAGGGAGGGAUACAGGGCGAGGGAGGGAGGGAUACAGGGCGAGGGGGGGAGGGAUAAGGCUAGGAGGGGGGGAGGGGAGGAUAGGGCGAGGGAGGGAGGGAUAUAGGGCGAAGGAGGGGGGAAUGGGGAGGGGGGGGGGAAAAGGGCGGGAAAGGGGGGGGGAUAUAGGGCGAGGGGGGAUGGGUACAGGGGGAGGGGAGUGAGUGUACAGGGGGAGGGAGGGAAAGGGAAAACAGGGCAGGGGGGGAGGGAUAAAAGGGCGAGGGAAAGGGGGGAGGGGGUACAGGGCGAAGGGGGGAGGGAAUUUGGGUGAGGGGGGAAAGGGGUAUAGGGCGGGGAGGGAGGGAUAAAAGGGCGAGGGGGGGAGGGAAAACCCGGGGAGGGAGGGGGGGAUAUAGGGCGAAAAGGGGGGAGGGGUAUAGGGCGAAAGGGGGGAGGGUUUUAGGGCGGGAGGGAGGGUAUAGGGCGAGGGGGGAGGGUAAAGGGGGGAGGGGGGGGGGAAUAGGGCGAGGGAGGGGGGGGAUAUUUUGGGCGGGGGGAGGGAGGGAAAAUGGGGGAGGGAGGGAGGGGUAAAGGGCGAGGGGGAAAGGGGAAAAAACAGGGCCCAGGGAGGGAGGGGUCCGGGGAGGGAGGGAGGGAUAAAAAAGGGCGAGGGGGGGGAGGGAGGGAUACAAGGGGUUUAAGGGGGGGAGGGAAAUUAAAGGGGGAAGGAGGGGGGGAAAAAUAGGGCGUGGAGGGGGGGAUACGGGCGGGGGGGGGAAUAGGGCGGGGGGGGAGGGUUAGGGCAGGGGAGGGAGGGGUAUGGGGGGAAGGGGGAGGGGGGGAUAAAAAGGGCCCAGGGGGGAGGGAGGGCCCCGGGGGGGGAGGGGGGAACAGGGCGGGAGGGGGGAACCCCGGGGGGGGGAGGGAGGGGUACAGGGCGAGGGAGGGAGGGGGUACCGGGCGGGGAGGGGGGAUAAGGGUCGGGGGAGGGGGGAGGGGGGGAUCCUGGGGGGAAAGGGGGGAAAGGGGUAUGGGGGGGCGGGAGGGGGGGAUUAGGGCGGGGGGGGGCCGGGGACAGGGCGGAGGGAGGGAGGGUACCCGGGGGAGGGAGGGGGGGGAUAUAGGGCGAAGGAGGGAAAGGGGUUAAAGGGGAAACGGAGGGGGGGAUAAAAGGGGGGGAGGGAGGGAGGGAUUUGGGCGGGGAGGGGGGGGGGAUAUAGGGCGAGGGGGGGAGGGAUUAGGGCGGGGGGGGGAAAGGAAUACCCGGGCGAGGGGGGAAAGGGAUUAACCCCCCGGCCCCCCCGGGGGGGAGGAUUUCAGGGCGAAAGGGGGGGGGGAGGGGUACAGGGCCCAAGGAGGGGGGGGUAUUGGGCGAAAAAAAAGGGGAGGGCUUUUAGGGGGGAAAAAAGGGGCGGGGGGGAUACAGGGCGGGGAGGGAGGGGUUUUAAAAGGGGGAGGGGGGGGGAUAUAGGGGGGCGGGGGGGGAGGGAUAUAGGGCGAGGGGGGAGGGAAACCCGGCGAAAGGGGGGGAGGGAGGGAUAAAAGGGCGGGGAGGGGGGACAGGGGGGGGCGGGAGGGAUACCCGGGCGAGGAGGGAGGGAAAGGGGGGAGGAGGGAGGGGUAUAGGGCGAGGGAGGGAGGGGGAAAAAGGGGGAGGGAGGGAUCACAGGGGGGAGGGGAUAAAAGGGCCCAAAGGGGGGGGAGGGGGUUAGGGGGAGGGGAGGGAGGGGGUAAGGGGGGGGGGGAAGGAUCCGGGGGGGGAGGGGGGAGGGAUAAGGAUUGUGUUUAGACCUUUUAUUACUGGGGUGCCAUUUGGGAAACCCCUCCGCCAGUCCCCUUUGGUUUUUAACAAGGCUUUGGUUUUAAAACUGUUUUCAUUAUUUGUUUUUGUAUUUUAAAAACUUUCAUUUCAAAAUUUCCUGGGCAUUGUGUUGUGGUGUGCGGGGGUUUUUGUGUGGUGGGUGGUGUGCGUUGGUGGUGGGUGGUGGUGUGUUUUUGGGGGGUGGGUUUUUAAAGGGAAAAACACCCCCACAAUCCUCAAACCCCCCCCAACCCCCUUUCCCCCCGCCCCCCCUGUCUGUCCCCCCCGUCCCGCCCCCCCCGCCCCUUUUUCCCCUUGGGCCCCCCCCUGUUGUCCCCCCUUUGUCUGCCCCCCCUUGUCUGUCCCCCCUGUCUGUCCCCUCUGUCUGUCCCCCCUUUGUCUGUCCCCCCUGUUGUCCCCCCUGUCUCCCCCUUUGUUGUCCCCCCUGUUCCCUUUGUCUGUCCCCCUUUUGGCCCCCCUGUCUGUCCCCCUGCUGUCCCCCCCCUGUCUGUACCCCCUGUCUGUCCCCCCUGUUGUCCCCCCCUGUCUGUCCCCCCUGUCUGUCCCCCCUGUCUGUCCCCCCCUGUCUGUCCCCUCUGUCUGUCCCCCCUGUCUGUCCCCCCCCUGUCUGUCCCCCCUGUCUGUCCCCCCUGUCUGUCCCCCUUGUCUGUCCCCCCUGCAGUCCACCUGGUAUCGGAGACUAUCCAGGGAGUGACAGCCACCACCACUGGGAUCCAGUACCAACAGUCCUGGCUGUGUAUCCUGUAAGGUUCCCCAACUGGCGGCCCGAGGGUGAUUUUAUUCGGCCCCCUACGUUUUCUGAACAAAUGUUUUUUUUUUUUUUUUUUUUUUUUUUUUGUUAGAAAAAAAACAGCAAAUCAGCUCAGUGUGAUUGUCCUUUAGGAGAGAUACAGAUCCUCCUACACCCUUAAUUAUUCAACAUUUUAUUGUUACAGCCUGAAUUCAAAAUGGAUUAAGUAGAUUUUUUUUAUCAUCCAUCUACAUACAAUACCCUAUAAUGACAAAGUGAAAACAUGUUUUUAGAAAAUUGUGCUAAUUUAUUGAAAAUGAACUACACACAUACCUCAUUUACAUAAGAAUUCACACCCAAGUCAAUACUUUGAUGAAUCACCUUUGGCAGCGAUUACAGCUGUGAGUCUUUCUGGGUAAGUCUCUAAGAGCUUUCCACUCCUGGAUUGUGCAACAUUUGCCCAUUAUUCUUUUCAAAAUUCUUCAAGCUCUGUCAAAUUGGUUGUUGAUCAUUGCUAGACAACCAUUUUCAAGUCUUGCCAUAGAUUUUCAAGUAGAUUUAAAUCAAAACUGUAACUCUGCCACUCAGGAACAUUCACUGUCUUCUUGGUAAGCAACUCCAUUGUAGAUUUGGCCUUGUGUUUUAGGUUAUUGUCCUACUGAAAGGUGAAUUCAUCUCCCAGUGUCUGGUGGAAAGCAGACUGAACCAGGUUUUCCUCUAGGAUUUUCCCUGUGCUUAGCUCCAUUCCGUUUCUUUUUUAUCCUGAAUAACUCCUUAACAAUUAAAAGUAUACCCAUAGCAUAACGCAGCCACCAACAUGCUUGAAAAUAGUGGUACUCAGGGAUGUGUUGUGUUGGAUUUGCCCUAAACAUAAUACUCUGUAUUCAGGACAAAAAGUUCAUUUCUUUGCCACAUUUUUUUCAGUAUUACUUUAGUGCCUUGUUGCAAACAGGAUGUAUGUUUUGGAAUAUUUUUAUUCUUUUUAUCACUCUGUCAUUUAGGUUAGUAUUGUGGAGUAACUACAAUGUUGUUGAUCCAUCCUCAGUUUUCUCCUAUCACAGCCAUAACUCUUGUUACAUGUUUUAGUCACCAUGGCCUCAUGGUGAAAUCCCUGAGCAGUUUACUUCCUCUCCAGCAACUGAGUUAGGAAGGACGCCUGUAUCUUUGUAGUGACUGGGUGUAUUGAUACACCAUCCAAAGUGUAAUUAAUAACUUCACCAUAUAUUCAAUGUCUGCUUUUUGUUUUUACUAAUCUACCAAUAGGUGCCCUUCUUUGCGAGGCAUUGGAAAAUCUCCCUGGUCUUUGUGGUUUAAUCUGUGUUUGAAAUUCACUGCUCGACUGAGGGACCUUACAGAUAAUUGUAUGCAUGGGGUACAGAGAUGAGGUAGUCAUUCAACAAUCAUGUUAAACACUAUUAUUGCACAGAGAGUGAGUCCAUGCAACUUAUUAUGUGAUUUGUUCAGCAAAUGUUUUACUCCUGAACGUAUUUAGGCUUACCAUAACAAAGGGGUUGAAUACUUAUUGACUCAAGACAUUUCAGCUUUUCAUUUGUAAUUAAUUUGUAACAAUUUCCUGUUAGACACAGGGACCUGUAAGACACAGGGACCUGUAAUAUAUAGGGACCUGUAAUAUAUAGGGACCUGUUAGAUAUAGGGACCUGUUAGAUAUAGGGACCUGUUAGAUAUAGGGACCUGUUAGACACAGGGACCUGUAAUAUAUAGGGAACUGUAAUAUAUAGGGACCUGUUAGAUAUAGGGACCUGUAAUAUAUAGGGACAUGUAAUAUAUAGGGACCUGUAAUAUAUAGGGACCUGUAAUAUAUAGGGACCUGUAAUAUAUAGGGACCUGUAAUAUAUAGGGACCUGUUAGAUAUAGGGACCUGUAAUAUAUAGGGACCUGUAAUAUAUAGGGACCUGUUAGAUAUAGGGACCUGUUAGACACAGGGACCUGUAAUAUAUAGGGACCUGUAAUAUAUAGGGACCUGUAAUAUAUAGGGACCUGUAAUAUAUAGGGACCUGUUAGAUAUAGGGACCUGUAAGACACAGGGACCUGUAAUAUAUAGGGACCUGUAAUAUAUAGGGACCUGUUAGAUAUAGGGACCUGUAAGACACAGGGACCUGUAAUAUAUAGGGACCUGUUAGAUAUAGGGACCUGUAAUAUAUAGGGACCUGUAAUAUAUAGGGACCUGUAAUAUAUAGGGACCUGUAAUAUAUAGGGACCUGUAAUAUAUAGGGACCUGUAAGACAUAGGGACCUGUAAUAUAUAGGGACCUGUUAGAUAUAGGGACAUGUUAGACACAGGGACCUGUUAGACACAGGGACCUGUUAGAUAUAGGGACCUGUUAGAUAUAGGGACCUGUUAGACAUAGGGACCUGUAAUAUAUAGGGACCUGUUAGAUAUAGGGACCUGUAAUAUAUAGGGACCUGUAAUAAAUAGGGACCUGUAAUAUAUAGGGACCUGUAAUAUAUAGGGACCUGUAAUAUAUAGGGACCUGUUAGAUAUAGGGACCUGUAAGACACAGGGACCUGUAAUAUAUAGGGACCUGUAAUAUAUAGGGACCUGUUAGAUAUAGGGACCUGUAAGACACAGGGACCUGUAAUAUAUAGGGACCUGUUAGAUAUAGGGACCUGUAAUAUAUAGGGACCUGUAAUAUAUAGGGACCUGUAAUAUAUAGGGACCUGUAAUAUAUAGGGACCUGUUAGACACAGGGACCUGUAAUAUAUAGGGACCUGUAAUAUAUAGGGACCUGUAAUAUAUAGGGACCUGUAAUAUAUAGGGACCUGUAAUAUAUAGGGACCUGUAAUAUAUAGGGACCUGUUAGAUAUAGGGACCUGUAAUAUAUAGGGACCUGUAAUAUAUAGGGACCUGUAAUAUAUAGGGACCUGUAAUAUAUAGGGACCUGUAAUAUAUAGGGACCUGUUAGAUAUAGGGACCUGUAAUAUAUAGGGACUGUAAUAUAUAGGACCUGUAAUAUAUAGGGACCUGUAAUAUAUAGGGACCUGUAAUAUAUAGGGACCUGUAAUAUAUAGGGACCUGUAAUAUAUAGGGACCUGUAAUAUAUAGGGACCUGUUAGAUAUAGUGACCUGUAAUAUAUAGGGACCUGUUAGACACAGGGACCUGUUAGAUAUAGGGACCUGUAAUAUAUAGGGACCUGUAAUAUAUAGGGACCUGUAAUAUAUAGGGACCUGUUAGACACAGGGACCUGUAAUAUAUAGGGACCUGUAAUAUAUAGGGACCUGUAAUAUAUAGGGACCUGUAAUAUAUAGGGACCUGUUAGAUAUAGGGACCUGUAAUAUAUAGGGACCUGUAAUAUAUAGGGACCUGUAAUAUAUAGGGACCUGUAAUAUAUCGGGACCUGUAAUAUAUAGGGACCUGUAAUAUAUAGGGACCUGUAAUAUAUAGGGACCUGUUAGAUAUAGGGGACCUGUAAUAUAUAGGGACCUGUAAUAUAUAGGGAACCUGUAAUAUAUAGGGACCUGUAAUAUAUAGGGACCUGUAAUAUAUAGGGACCUGUAAUAUAUAGGGACCUGUAAUAUAUAGGGACCUGUUAGACAUAGGGACCUGUUAGAUAUAGGGACCUGUUAGACACAGGGACCUGUUAGAUAUAGGGACCUGUAAUAUAUAGGGACCUGUAAUAUAUAGGGACCUGUAAUAUAUAGGGACCUGUAAUAUAUAGGGACCUGUAAUAUAUAGGGACCUGUUAGAUAUAGGGACCUUGUAAUAUAUAGGGAACCUGUUAGACACAGGGACCUGUUAGAUAUAGGGACCUGUAAUAUAAGGGACUGUAAUAUAUAGGGACCUGUAAUAUAUAGGGACCUGUUAGAUAUAGGGACCUGUAAUACAUAGGGACCUGUAAUAUAUAGGGACCUGUAAUAUAUAGGGACCUGUUAGACACAGGGACCUGUAAUAUAUAGGGACCUGUAAUAUAUAGGGACCUGUAAUAUAUAGGGACCUGUAAUAUAUAGGGACCUGUAAUAUAUAGGGACUGUUAGACACAGGGACCUGUAAUAUAUAGGGACCUGUAAUAUAUAGGGACCUGUAAUAUAUAGGGACCUGUUAGAUAUAGGGACCUGUAAUAUAUAGGGACCUGUUAGAUAUAGGGACCUGUAAUAUAUAGGGACCUGUAAUAUAUAGGGACCUGUAAUAUAUAGGGACCUGUUAGACACAGGGACCUGUAAUAUAUAGGGACCUGUAAUAUAUAGGGACCUGUAAUAUAUAGGGACCUGUAAUAUAUAGGGACCUGUAAUAUAUAGGGACCUGUAAUAUAUAGGGACCUGUAAUAUAUAGGGACCUGUUAGACACAGGGACCUGUUAGACACAGGGACCUGUAAUAUAUAGGGACCUGUUAGAUAUAGGGACCUGUAAGACACAGGGACCUGUAAUAUAUAGGGACCUGUAAUAUAUAGGGACCUAUAAUAUAUAGGGACCUGUUAGAUAUAGGGACCUGUUAGACAUAGGGACCUGUAAUAUAUAGGGACCUGUAAUAUAUAGGGACCUGUAAUAUAUAGGGACCUGUAAUAUAUAGGGACCUGUAAUAUAUAGGGACCUGUUAGACACAGGGACCUGUAAGACAUAGGGACCUGUAAUAUAUAGGGACCUGUAAUAUAUAGGGACCUGUUAGAUAUAGGGACCUGUUAGACAUAGGGACCUGUUAGAUAUAGGGACCUGUAAGAUAUAGGGACCUGUAAUAUAUAGGGACCUGUAAUAUAUAGGGACCUGUUAGACAUAGGGACCUGUAAUAUAUAGGGACCUGUUAGACACAGGGACCUGUAAGACACAGGGACCUAUAAUAUAUAGGGACCUGUUAGAUAUAGGGACCUGUAAGACAUAGGGACCUGUUAGAUAUAGGGACCUGUUAGAUAUAGGGACCUGUUAGAUAUAGGGACCUGUUAGACAUAGGGACCUGUUAGACACAGGGACCUGUUAGAUAUAGGGACCUGUAAUAUAUAGGGACCUGUUAGACACAGGGACCUGUUAGAUAUAGGGACCUGUAAUAUAUAGCGACCUGUAAUAUAUAGGGACCUGUAAUAUAUAGGGACCUGUAAUAUAUAGGGACCUGUAAUAUAUAGGGACCUGUAAUAUAUAGGGACCUGUAAUAUAUAGGGACCUGUUAGACACAGGGACCUGUAAUAUAUAGGGACCUGUUAGAUAUAGGGACCUGUAAUAUAUAGGGACCUGUAAUAUAUAGGGACCUGUAAUAUAUAGGGACCUGUUAGAUAUAGGGACCUGUAAUAUAUAGGGACCUGUAAUAUAUAGGGACCUGUAAUAUAUAGGGACCUGUAAUGUAUAGGGACCUGUUAGAUAUAGGGACCUGUAAUAUAUAGGGACCUGUAAUAUAUAGGGACCUGUAAUAUAUAGGGGACCUGUAAUAUAUAGGGACUGUUAGAUAUAGGGACCUGUAAUAUAUAGGGACCUGUUAGAUAUAGGGACCUGUAAUAUAGGGACCUGUAAUAUAUAGGGACCUGUAAUAUAUAGGGACCUGUUUAGACACAGGGACCUGUAAUAUAUAGGGACCUGUUAGAUAUUAGGGACCUGUAAUAUAUAGGGACCUGUAAUAUAUAGGGACCUGUAAUAUAUAGGGACCUGUUAGAUAUAGGGGACUGUAAUAUAUAGGGACCUGUAAUAUAUAGGGACCUGUUAAUAUAUAGGGACCUGUAAUAUAUAGGGACCUGUUAGAUAUAGGGACCUGUAAUAUAUAGGGACCUGUAAUAUAUAGGGACCUGUAAUAUAUAGGGACCUGUAAUAUAUAGGGACCUGUUAGAUAUAGGGACCUGUAAUAUAUAGGGACCUGUUAGAUAUAGGGACCUGUAAUAUAUAGGGACCUGUAAUAUAUAGGGACCUGUUAGACACAGGGACCUGUAAUAUAUAGGGACCUGUUAGAUAUAGGGACCUGUUAGAUAUAGGGACCUGUAAUAUAUAGGGACCUGUUAGAUAUAGGGACCUGUUAGAUAUAGGGACCUGUAAUAUAUAGGGACCUGUAAUAUAUAGGGACCUGUAAUAUAUAGGGACCCGUUAGACACAGGGACCUGUAAUAUAUAGGGACCUGUUAGAUAUAGGGACCUGUAAUAUAUAGGGACCUGUUAGAUAUAGGGACCUGUAAUAUAUAGGACCUGUAAUAUAUAGGGACCUGUAAUAUAUAGGGACCUGUUAGACACAGGGACCUGUAAUAUAUAGGGACCUGUAAUAUAUAGGGACCUGUAAGACACAGGGACCUGUAAUAUAUAGGGACCUGUAAUAUAUAGGGACCUGUUAGAUAUAGGGACCUGUAAUAUAUAGGGACCUGUAAUAUAUAGGGACCUGUAAUAUAUAGGGACCUGUUAGACACAGGGACCUGUAAUAUAUAGGGACCUGUUAGAUAUAGGGACCUGUAAUAUAUAGGGACCUGUAAUAUAUAGGGACCUGUUAGAUAUAGGGACCUGUAAUAUAUAGGGACCUGUAAUAUAUAGGGACCUGUUAGACACAGGGACCUGUAAUAUAUAGGGACCUGUAAUAUACAGGGACCUGUUAGAUAUAGGGACCUGUAAUAUAUAGGGACCUGUAAUAUAUAGGGACCUGUAAUAUAUAGGGACCUGUAAUAUAUAGGGACCUGUAAUAUAUAGGGACCUGUAAUAUAUAGGGACCUGUAAUAUAUAGGGACCUGUUAGAUAUAGGGACCUGUAAUAUAUAGGGACCUGUUAGACACAGGGACCUGUAAUAUAUAGGGACCUGUUAGAUAUAGGGACCUGUUAGAUAUAGGGACCUGUUAGAUAUAGGGACCUGUAAUAUAUAGGGACCUGUAAUAUAUAGGGACCUGUAAUAUAUAGGGACCUGUAAUAUAUAGGGACCUGUAAUAUAUAGGGACCUGUAAUAUAUAGGGACCUGUUAGAUAUAGGGACCUGUAAUAUAUAGGGACCUGUAAUAUAUAGGGACCUGUAAUAUAUAGGGACCUGUAAUAUAUAGGGAACUGUAAUAUAUAUGGACCUGUUAGAUAUAGGGACCUGUAAGACACAGGCGUAACCUUGGGAGCAAAAACGUAACACCACCUUGGAGUCGCCAGGCGCGAACUCCAAACAGGAAGGGUGUCCUGAAAGCGCGUGGAGAUCCCCAGCGUGCUUUGUCGAUGCCAAGGCCAUGAGCAGGGCAGUAUUGUAGGAAAGGACCUUCAGGUCCAUGGACUCCAUUGGUUCAAACGGAGGCUCACACAGAGCAUGGCUGCCAUAUGUACUUUCACUGUGGAAAAACAAAGGCCCUGCUCAAAAAGCUCUUGUAAGAAAAGUCCUUUAACCUGACACCAACUCUCUACUUAUAUGUAUACAACCUUCUUCUGUAUAGUCGUAAUCAUGUUCGAGGUAUGCAACAGCAGUGACGGGGUCUCUCCAAGGAGUCAACGCCCUUCGGCACGGCAGGGAUACCUUGAGCAACCGAUGGCAGUGGCGAGAUGCGUCUAGACGUGUAGCAAUCAGCCAGCGCUGAAGCAGACACAUCAACAGAAGUCCCAGAGGCACCACAGCUAUCAUAGAGGAACCGUACCAGACAGACCUAGAAUGGGACCCUCCUCUGUUGGGCCAAAAAUGCAUGAUUCAGAACCGAGUCCAGAACGAGACCCAGAAACUAAAUGCGCUGAGCCGGAAGUCAAACAACUAUUUUUUUGAAUCACUAUGAACCCCAGAGACUGAAUAUGGAAACCAGCGUGACAGUGUGGAGCUCCACCUGCUAUGACCAGCCAAUCAUCCAGAUAGGCCAAUACUCUGAUCCACUGGCACCGCACCAGUACCAAAGCCGCCUCCACCUCCAUAGAAAAGGUGCGAUAGGGAGAGCCUGAAAGGCAGGACCAGAAACUCAUAGGCCACACCCUCGAAAUGAAACCUCCUAAACUUUCUGUGGGGAGGAUGUAUAGCCACAUGAAAAUACACAUCGUUCAGAUCCAUGGACGCGUACCAAUCGCUGGGGCCUACCGACUGCAAUAGCCGGUGAAGUGUGAGCAUUUUGAACUUGCAAACCUUGAGGUGCUUGUUUAAAACAUGCAAGUUCGGGAUGGGGCGCAACAUUCCAUCGCUCUUGGGAACUAAGAGGUACCGGCUGCACCAAACACUCUGCACUUCGGAGACGGGGACCACCCAAAUAGCCUGCUUUUGAAGAUUAUGUGUUAUAACCUGUAUUAUGUGUUAUAACCUGUGUGAUGUGUUAUAACCUCUGCAUGAUAUGUUAUAACAUUUGCAUGAUGUGUUAUAACCUCGGGUAUGAUGCGUUAUAAUCUGUGUGAUGUGUUUAUAACCUCGGUAUGAUGUGUUAGAACCUCUGUAUGAUAUGUUAGAACCUCUGUAUGAUGUGUUAUAACCUGUGUGAUGUGUUAUAACCUCUGUAUGAUGUGUUAUCUGUGUUCCAGCUGCAAUGUGAAAAGUCUCCAAAGACGUCAUGUCUGUAUCUCUCGUCUGGAGCGGCCUCAGAACUGGGGACAGAACUGCUGUGAAGUCCGUUAUGUCAUCCUCAUCCUGGCACCACUCAGAAUGGUAACUAUGUCAUCCUUUACAAACCCUUUACUUUCCAUCCAGCCUUUCCUUUAUGCUUCAGUCUGA